AUGUGGUGUCUCGCCGCGCAGGUUCGAAUCCUGCCGUCUGCGCAAACUUUUUCGCGUCUAGGUGCACGUGCUCGCUUUUACUCCUGGUUCCGCCCUGGGAUUCCGAACCGAACCGGCCCGGGCUUCGACGCUGGGCCCACGACAGCAGGCGCUGACGCCGCUCAAGCGCAACUCGUACCCAUCGUCCUCGAACAGACACCGCGAGGAGAGCGCGUCUACGACAUAUACUCGCGUCUGCUCAGAGAGCGUAUUAUUGUGCUCAACGGUCCUAUCACGGAUACCGUGGCCUCUCUCGUCGUUGCGCAGUUGCUGUACUUGGAGUCGGUAGCGCCGGCGAAGGCGCUCUCUAUGUACAUUCACUCACCAGGGGGCAUCAUCUCAGCGGGGAUGGCGAUCUACGACACCAUGCAAUAUAUAUCUGCUCCGGUGCACACGGUUUGCUUGGGCCAGGCGAGCUCUAUGGCAUCGUUGCUGCUAUGCGCGGGUGAGCCGGGCGAGCGCCGCUGCUUACCGAACGCUCGUGUGAUGAUUCAUCAGCCGAGUGGGCAAGCCGGCGGGCAGGCUUCAGAUAUUGCCAUCCACGCCAAUGAGAUUCUGUUUCUGCGUGAGCGUUUGCACGAGCUCUACGCCAAGCACACGGGUCAGAAUAAGCAUGUUAUUGCGGACAAAAUGGAGCGCGAUCAUUUCAUGUCUGCGGAGGCCGCGAAAGCGUUCGGUCUCAUCGAUGAGGUCAUUUACAAACGAGACGCGCUGAAGGAGGAUAAGCGGGAGGCUCGUUCCGACGAGCGCUGA